CGGAGACUUGCUGGUUCUAUAGACGGGGGUGUUUGGCGUUGUUUUGUCUCCUGGACUGUGUUUGGUUUUCGAAUUUCCUUUUUCUCGUGAUUGCUGAAACAUUUUGUUGGAGAAAUGUCUUCAGAGUUAGAAAAGGAGAAAGAGAGGCUGGCUCAAGCCACCGAAAUGUUCUUCUUUCACAUGCAAGAUCUUGCAUCCUUCACAAACACACUUGUCGAAUUGUUUAAUAGCAGUAUGAAUGCUCAGAUUGUCUCGAUGGCUCUGACAGAAGAUGUUAAUACUAAGGAUGUCUUUGAACAAAUGUUCAGCAUUUUUAAGGAGAGGCAAUCUAUAGUCAAUGCAAGAUAAGAGACAAUGCAAAAGGAACUUUUAUGCUCCCAGAUUGCAAUGGCUUUGUGCUCCAGGAUCGAGAAGAGUGCCAAGGCAAAGGAGUUGCAAAAGUCAGCUAAUGAAGGGUUCAGGGAGGUCCAGACACCACUCAUUGUGUCUGUGCUGUAUGAUAGUAACAUUCCUGAGAGUUUGGAAUCUUCCCUUCUACUCUUGAUGAAGUAUGCUAUCAUGAAUCUCCAAUGAAGUGAUUUAUAUAGAAAAGACACCAAAGACCAAUCAGAUGCUACCACAUCUGAGAAAAGCUCAGGUCCAGGUCCAUCCAAUGCUACAGCUGACACCUUGAACAAGUUGCUGGAUGCACUAAAAAUUGAAAAUGACAAUAGUAUUGUGUCAGCAGCAGAGCAGUUGGAGCAAAUUGUUAAAAAUAUGGGACCAAUCUGCCUCCAAAAAGCCAUACAGAGUAUGGAGAUGAAGACUCCUAUGUUAAAGAAAGCCAAUGACUAG